UGAGCUCUGCAACAGGAUUUGACACAAAAAGCGAGCAAUGCAAGUUGUGACAGGAUGACAUGUAAGUUUGAUGCCCAACUCAAGAACAUUCACAUUCGGGAGCAGUGAUUUUGGCAGACAAUGAGGUAAGCACAUUAACAAAUUUAUAAUUUUAAAAUGUUUGUUUACUAGACCUACUUCAUCUCUCUAAUCUCCUACAUGGUAAACACAGUGUGUGGUAGGAUUAUGAGGGUGUAUGCAAACAACGUCAGCCACAGGAAGUGAGGGUCGGCCUGGGUGUCUGAUAGUGGGGGAGAACGUUUGAGAUGUGGUUUGAAAGCGAUUACAAGUUUGAUUAUAGUCAGAAUAAGAGGAAGUUUGUGAUAUUUAUAGAAAGCAAUAAAUCAACAUACAGGACUAGACUGUUGGUGACGGUGAAUCUCUGGGAAUAGUUUUUCGGUGUGAAAUAGCAGCAGUUGGACUUGAAAUGUUUGUUGGAUGAGCCUUUCGAACAUUACUCAGUAAAUGAUGAUUAUAUCUGAAAAGUUCAACUUAAAGGGCAGGAAAGUCCAGCAAUGUCCCUGUCCUUCCGUUAAAGCUUUUUAAAUUUCUACAAGAAGUUCAGUGUAAAACAAACAGAGUCCAGUCAUUGUGAGGGUGUUGAUAUGACAAUAAAGAAGAUAAAUCUUUCUCUCUGUGUCAUGUAGAUGUUUGAGUGGAGGCACGUUUUUACACACACUUAAGAGCAAAUGAAGGGAACAGUUUUCUCAACACUGAGGAGUCAAAAGAGCUCAUUGUUGAUAAACAUGAACACAUCAGAGAACGAGACAUUCAUGUACUUGGACAUGUUGGACUAUGACUAUAAUGGCAGCUGCGUACAGGAUCCCAGUCUGGAGUUGCCUUAUAGAGCCAUGCUGGUUCUGUACUACAUGCUGUUUUGUCUAGGCCUGCUAGGCAAUGCAACAGUUCUCUGGGUUCUCCUCCGGUACAUAAAGCUGAGGACUAUGACGGACAUAUGCCUCCUCAACCUGGUCCUGUCUGACCUCAUACUGGCUGCAUCCCUGCCCCUCUGGGUGUACGAUUCACAGAACUUUGUAUCAUGCAAACUGAUGACUGGAGUCUAUCAGCUGGGCUUCUACAGUGGGACUUUGUUUGUGACCCUGAUGAGUGUGGACCGCUAUCUGGCCAUCGUCCAUGCUGUUGCAGCCAUGCGAGCCCGGACACUUCGCUAUGGAAUGGCUGCCAGCAUCACUACCUGGGUUAUAUCUAUCAUCAUGGCAAUCCCUCAGGUGAUAUUUGCCUCCUUGGAGAUAGAUCCGUAUGACAACAGCUCCCAGUGUCAGCCACUGUAUCCAGAAGACAGCCAGCAGUUUUGGAAGAUGCUGCGAAACUUCAGUGAGAACACAGUGGGCCUUUUUGUGUGCCUCCCCAUCAUGAUUUUCUGCUAUGUGAAAAUCCUCGUUGUCCUGUCCAAGUCCAGGAACUCUAAAAAGGACAGAGCUGUAAAACUGAUAUUCACCAUAGUGUGUGUGUUUGUGGUGUGCUGGGUCCCCUACAAUGUCGCAGUUUUCCUUCAGACACUGCAACUGUUUGAUAUCCUGAGCACCUGCAAGGAUUCAAACAAAAUCAACACUGCCAUGACGUUUGCUGAGAUCAUUGCACUGUCUCACUGCUGUGUAAAUCCAGUCAUCUAUGCAUUUGUAGGGGAGAAGUUUAAGAAGUCACUGGCCAAUGUGCUAAAUAGAUACCCUUGUUGGAGUCACCAGACCAGAUGGAGCCACAGAGACACCAUAGAGAAUGAGACGUCAAACACACCUGUAAGAUCAGAUUAUUAGGAAUGAUAAACACACCUGCGUGGUCCUGUUAUAGUUGCAUGUAUCAUGUAAUGUUGUUGUUUUUUUAAUACCGAGACUACAAAGUUGUGUGUGUGUGUGUGUACUGUAAAUAUUGUUACACAGCUUAUUACGAAGUAGGAAUAUGGGAAUGCUUUAAGUAGAAUUUUAUAAAACAUUCAUUCAAAUCAUGUAAUUCUAAGUACAUUUGUAACUUGUAGAUCUAUUGAAGUAAAAUAA